AACUGCGCCAUUUAGGCGAAUCACAGCGUAAGCAGACGUGACCAAUGAAUUUUAGCACACGACUUCUGAAAGAACAACCCCAUUAUCUGAACUGAUACAUAACUGUUGUAAAAAUAACGGCGGUGUCAACACAAAAUAUGAGUCUCUUGUCUGCGCUGUACUUCUUCUCAAAAGCAGGAGAAGGAUUUUGUUCUGAAGGAGACUCGGUACAACUAUAGCACGAAAACAACAACUUAGAGCGGACAAUAAAACACUCAUUUCCACCGAUGGACUCGCCAAAUUUCGCGUCGCCGCCCACCCGGGCGCGCAGCUGCCUGGGCGAAGACCAUCCGCAACACAGCCAGAGCACGAAGUCGGACACCCUUUUAUCGUAAGGAAAAAUCCCCCCUCCCCAUAUCGAAAUGGAAUGUUUCCGAAAAUUUGUGUUGCUGAUUUGAGGUCACAAAUCACAUUUGUCUUGCAAAAAGACAAGGGUAGAAGCUUCCGCCCCAUUAUGGAAGCGAUUUGCCAUGCUGUUGGCCCUAAAAGUGGCCCGCUUGCCAUGCUGAACAACUAGACCCAUACGCCCCUACCUAGCCUGCGGAUCUGGCCGCAGUGCCUCUCUGCAAUACAGACCUGAUUUGUGUACACACUUCCAGCAUCAGAAAUUCCGUUUUGAUAUGGGGAGGGGGGAUUUUUCCUUUCGAUACCUUUCGAACCGGGAGGACCGCCUCUCCACCUUUGGCCGCUCGCCCCCGCACUAUCCUGAGUAAAAACGUCCCCACCCCAUAGUUGUCAUGCAGAUCUGCAUGCUCAGAAUGUGUGUCAUGCGGCUCUCCAUGAGAGGCAUUACCUAGUGGCGUUUGGGAAUCUGUCAUGCGCUAAUCAGGAUGACAGACUGGAUCUGUGAUGCGUUUGAAUUAGCCAGGCACGACUACACUGCGUAGCCAAACUUUUUAUGCGUGAGUCCCAAAGAUGCUCGAUUUGUCUUGCCAAAGUCCCAACUUGACUAUGGGGUGGGGACGUUUUUACACAGGAUACGCACUCAGGUUGCACCAGCCUGAUGCUGGCCGCCUGCAGUCGGUGUCACCGGGAGUUUUUAUUGGAAAAAUUGGACCGGGACGGGGACAAUAACCACACGUGUGUCAGUAUUGAUAAACUUGUUUUAGUUUUACAGAUGAUUACCGCGUUUUCGUGAUGCAGAUUUGCACAUGUUGUACCAUUUGCAUACCAUGAUAUUUUUCGCAUGACAAAUCACUUCUCGAACAAGCCUACAACCCCUAUCACUCUACCCAGAUUGCCGCGAGCGCCAGGAGACGCUGAGCGAGAUUCUGUCCACGGAAAUCAUUAUCUCCGACCCGUAUCCCGUCAGCGACGACGAAAAAGGGGACGUCGAUGGUCUUCAGCAUCACAACUUCGCGUCCUCAGCGCACCAACCACAUCCAAUCGACGCGUCGCCGGAAACCGCACGCGGUGCGGGGGUCCAAUUGCUCCUGCACCGGCCGAACAACACCGUGAUGUGCAACAAGCGAGGACAACAUCCGACGACGACCCUGGCCCGCCGGCAGCACCGAUACUACGCCGGGUCCGAGGAUAGUCUGGCGCUGGACAUGCGCAAGAAGUCGGCGGAACUUCUGUUGCAAAAGCGCGAAGACCUCGCCAUGUUCGAGGACGACGUCAUGCAGGCCAGCGAGAGCUUAUGCAAUGCAAAAGUAUCUUCGCGCUCGUUGUACUAAUUGCAGAUAUGAAUGACAAAUCUUCUUCCUAACGCCAAAACCGCAUUACAAAUUUCUCUUGUCAUGCUGAGCUAAUUUCUAAUGCGGUUUAAACUAGUAUAAACGAGUGCGAAGAUACUUUUGCUAUGCAUAGAGCUCGCCUCCCAACCACAUGCCGUCCUGCGACGGGAUGGUCGUGGUGUGUGGCGGCGCAGAUCAUCAUGCGGGGGCAACGAGUGCGACGGGGGAAGAAGCUGCGCAGGAUCAUACGGAAAGAAACGUGAUUUCCACCACAGCUGCAAGUGGACCUGAAGAUGAUCCGCUCGCACCGAAACGACCAGGAGUCGAACACGCAAUAAAAACAUCCAGCUCGUUAUCUGCAACCGCGUCAUUACCAACCGACCAGGAUCAACAUUUCGGCGUCGUGUCCUCCUUGAGCGAACUGGAGACCGAUGGCCUGGACCUGAUGGCAAGCCAGAAACUAGACGGUUUGCGAUUCGUCCACGACGAGCGGACAGCGGGAGUUGUGCGGGAAGAUGAGGAUACAGGAACGGGGAAAGAAGAUGAAACUGAUCCGGUUGAUGUUCACCACCAAAAGAAGACAGGAGGAGUAGAAGCUUCAGAUGUAGUAGUUGGAGCAGAGCGACAUGCCGUAGAAAGCGGAGAUAUUGACCACCUCCAAGCAGCGCCUAAAGUAGGUGACGAUGAAGAGGAGCCGGACGAGGAGGUGCUGCACGUCGUGCCCCACCGUGAUUACACCGUCGGCGUAGACAACGCACACUUCUGGCGCGAGGUCGGACCGAUUUACACCGGCACAGCGGUCAGAUUUCCCAGAGCAAAUUUCGAAAGUACAGAAAUAACAGGCGCAAGAACAGCAAGAACGUCAAGAGGUAAUAAUGAUGAUGAUGAUCAUCUUGUCCACGCGACGUCGGCGGCAGUCGCUGGUCAGGAGCGGGACAGCAAGGACUGUUGUUCCACUACAAUCACCGACUGCUCCACCACCGCGCACAACGUCUCCAGCACCACCGAAGUACUAGAGCACGACGCCAGUACCAACAGCGGGGCAUCAAAGGUCUUACUACAGAGUUGCAGCAUGGCAGAUUUGGACCACGCCUACGGGCGGCUCGGGUUCCGUCGGCAGGAGCAAUUUUGGCACGAGCAGCGGUCGUCGCGUGAGGAGCCUACAGUCAGGAUGUUUGGGACGAGCGGGGUGGACGAGUUGUACACAGAGGAGGUUGUUGGUACGUCGCAUCAAGAGGAGGACCACGUUGAGAAUUAUGAUGUUGAACACGAAGACAAAAAUGAAGCAGCCGGAGGUGGAUCAGCAGUUCCUCUAGAGGAUUACUCCUCCUCUUCGACCAGCGCCGAAAGCCGUGAAGAAAGCAGAGAAAUAAAAGACAAACCCGUGCACAAGCACACACCCGAAAUUCUUGAAGAAGAGACCAUCGACCUGUUUUUGAGCAGCGUGCUGCAGCUUCCGGGCGGUGGUGCAGUGGGCGCUACGGACGUAGAUGCAAAUCUCGGCGAUAAGAACAAGAGUUCUGGUGACAGCAGGGGACGAAACGAGAAUGCAGUCAGCGACCUUAAUAUUCAACCGGGCAGAGAGCAGCUCUCGGACCACUUCGACGACAUUGUCAGCGUGUUCUGCAAAAGCAAAAGCACACCGAGUUCUUGUGUGGCCGCCGGAACAAGUAGCGCAGGAGCAGUAGUACCGAUGAGGAAAUUGACCGGUGGUCUGCCAGCAGCGUCCAGCUUCUCUCUCCUCGGCUCUUCCACGGAGAGUGGCAGUGCGGGAGGAGGAGGAGGAACAGCAAAGCGUUCUUCUUCGCCACACCCCAACCCGCUCCUGUCUCUCUCUCCCCCGAUCUCCGCGACGACAAACGCGCAACAGGCUUUGAAAUCGCCGCAAACGCGCCACUCGCUCCACUUCAGCCUCGAUAUCGCGUCCAAACAUACGCACAACAGGGUCAACUAUCAAAUGCAAAAAUGUCUGGGGCUGGAACAAGAUUGCAACUUGUCAUGGUAAAUCCGAAUCAUGCAAAAAUCUGUGUUGCAUGAGUGCCAAAUAAAGCUGCCCACUUUCCUCGACCAAGUUGGGAGGGAGUUUCUCAUGCAGGAGAGGCAUGACAGAGACCUCACAGACUCUUUCAUGCUAGGUCCCGCAUUCCAGACCUCAUGGGUCAUGGAAAACCUGCAUUACAAGUUCCAACCUUCCAGACCCAGACAUAUUUGCAAUGCAUAUCAACCAAAGUUUGAUCGGGACGCUACUCGGGUUCGAUAUGGAUGUGUCAGGUUUGAAAUCGUCAAAGUUGAAAUAGUUUGUCAUGCAUAAAACGGAUACCGGUUAGACCUACAGUUUGUAGUCGGUGCAUGACAAAUUUUCCCGGUCCUGGAAGCGAGUCUGUCAUGCGGUUUAGGGCAAAAGAGCUGCCUUCUGUCAUGCUACUUAGCAGUCCAACUUUUGACCCUUACCAGGACUAUAAUCUGCCUCCCGUGGGUCCUCUGCAAUAGAGUCACUUUUUGUAUCGCAUUUUAUGCAUUACAAAGUAUUUCAACUUUGACGAUUUCAAACCUGACGCCUCCAUAAUCGAGAACCAGAUGCGCGCGGGGGCGGCGGACAUGAAGAAAGUGGAAUACGUGCAGAGCGGCGGUGGUGGUGGGGGAAAUGGAAAUGAUAGCAGAGUGAUGAACAACAGUACAACUUUAAUCACCGACACCAGUCUUCUUCCAGUAGGACCACUAGUGCAAAAUAACAAAUCCAACUUUCUCCUGGAAGAAGAAGACGACCCGAGUGUCGAGCACGAGCGCGCGCCCUGCCGGUUCUGCGGUCGCAAAUUCCGGGUGGAUCGGUUGGAGGUGCACGAGAGCAUGUGUCUGACGAAAAACGCAAUGGCACGGCCCACGUGGGACAGCCGCCGGCAGCGGUUGAAGGAGAUCCCGGCCCUGUUCUUGCACAGUAUCGACCACGACCGGAGUGCCAUGUACGAGCAUCUCGGAGGUGGACACAGUUCCUACCUCGGAACCGGAGAUCAUAGUUCUACCUCUCAUGGGGGAUCAUCAUCAUCAUCCUCCUCAUCUUCUUCAGCCGCGUAUCAUGGUAAUAGAGGAGCUGCCGCAAGUCGAACCGCUGGUGCGCAUGGUGGUGGCAAUGAACGAGGAACGACUGGGCCUUCCUCGUCGUCGUCGUCGUCGUCCACGGCUGGCGCUAAGGGAACUGGACGUGGGGGAGGAGGCGCUGGAGGUGCAUCUAGUACAACAACAGUGAAACUUAUCGUAGGAAAAAACUGUUUCACUGUGAUGAUUUUGCAAGAUCUGCAUCACAAGUUUGUUACACAUCACAAAGAAAACUUGGCAUGCGUGCUUCCUAAGGGAAAACACAGCUAAGAAUCCAAUGUCUUGCAUGUGUAGCAAGACAAACACAUUUGCGUUCCGUUCUAUGCAUCACAAGUUCACAGUGAAACAGUUUUUUCUUGCGAUAAAACUCGCGGCCUCUCUCCGGUCGAAGUUGACCCGGUCGGGCAAGAGCGCUGCGAGAGCCUAUGGAUUGCAAAUAUGUCUGGGUCUGGAAGAUUAAAUUAAAACUUGUCAUGCUAGAUCUGAAUGAUGCAAAAAUCUGUGUUGCGUGAGUACCAAAAGCUGUCCGCUUUGGACCAAGUUGAGAGGGAGUUUCUCAUGCAGGAAAGGCAUGCGAGAGACCUCAGAGAAUCUGUCAUGCUGGGUCUCGCAUUCCAGACCUCAUGGGUCAUGGAAAACCUGCAUGACAAGCCUUGCAUCCUUCCAGACCCAGACACUUUUGCAUUUGAUAAGGCCGGCGGCAGAACAUCAACGGCGGUGGGGUCAUCUUCUAGUUCGAAGCCGGCAGCUGCCGUGCUCCGAGUGAAUGCCGGGGCCGUUGCGGCCUAUCCACCUGUGGGAGCUACCAGCACCACACCAGGGAGGACGACGCAGGCCGGAGGGCAGCAGGGGGUUCCUGCGACGACCAGCAGUGCUUCAAGCAGCUCAACGUCAUCUUCAAAGCAAGGAAACAAUUCCUUCAACCCAGCCGCCCGAUCCGGUGUCCCUCCUGCGACGGAUGUGUCCUCUGGUGCCACGGAACAAACUACAAGCAGAAAUAAUAAAAACCCAGUGACCACGACUCUUUCCCCACCGUUGCAGGUGAACAAAAAUCUGGACCACACUACAAACGCUUCGGGUCCAACGCUGAAGCAAGGUGCCCUCGGAAAUGCGAAAGGCAAGAGCCACAUGCCACCCGAGCAACCAUCGAAGGACGAAGAUCUGGUGCGCAAAGAGUGUCCGCACUGCCACCGGUUCUUCCGGCCAGAAGCACUCGAAGUGCAUCGGCGCGUGUGCAUUUCGGUCUUCGGAACGAAGCAGAAGAUGAAACCGAGUUCUUGUGGGGCGCAAGCUAGUACAGGGGGGAGAAAGGAAAGCAGAAAGCAACGUAGUACACAUUUGUGAUGAUAAGUGUUUCGAUUGAGCAUCAAAUUUCGUUUUAGUCCGAUGUAAACCGAGUCCAAGUUUGUUGCUAUGAUCGUGCAGGAGCGCUAUAGCAAAAGAUUCAGCCUACAAAACAUACAGGCCCCGUUCGUGCGCGGUCGCAGACGAAGGUCACCUACCCGCGUAGCCCGAAGACGGAAGUGGUGCGUCAGCAACGCCAAACUGCGAAGUUCACCAAUAGAAAACCUGCAACUCCGAACAAAAACGGUACCACGACCUCCCUGGCACCGUCCGUGGAUGCUUCCCAAGACUUUGAUACGGACACGGAUACGGUCACGAAGCUCCACGACCAGACCGCGGAGCUGAACAAAAAAGUGGAGGCGCUGCUGAACACUUUCAGUACUAGAUAACACGCUUGUCGUCUUUUGGCUCGUGUUUUUCAUGCGUGAAGUGUAUCGCGGGCAAGUAAGUUUUGUCAUGCAUGCAGCAUUCAUACGCUGAAAAUGUAGUUUGUAACAACGACCAAAUCAAAAAACAGACCAAGACCCAGCCUCCUCCACGAAUUCUCGCUUGUCGAAUCAUCGCACCCUCCGCGACGAAUCUCUUACGCUCCUGUCGCCGAACCUGCGGCAGUCGACCAAUUCGGACACGAUGCUGUUAAAAUCCUCCAGCGACUCGGACCGGUCCUGGGCUAACCGCUAUAAUACCACGGCGCACCGCAAUACGCUCACGAUGUCCAUACACUUCGAGCACAAAGCAGUGAGGGAAGCGGCCAGUUCGUUCCUAGCCGCCUCGCCGGAGAAGCAGCGGAACAACGUCGAUCAAUCAGUAGGAGCAGCGGGUCCUGUCGAUCAGUCAUUAGCCUCCUCGUCCGGAAGUGGAGGUUCUCAACACUUUUCGCCGGACAAAAUGUUGGAACUGAGUUCGUCCUCGCGGGGGUUGGGCUUCACUUCCCCGGACUCGCACCUCCUGAAGAUGCGGUCGACGCCGGAGCGGGAGGUCGAUUUUGCGACCGAUAUGGCCAGGAACAACUACGCAGGCUUUUCUGCAAGCACUUCUGCAGAAGUGCCGAUGGAGUUGGACCCAACAUCUCCUAGCAACGCAGAAUUUUCCACCGGCAACCACACCGAUGGCGGUUUCGGCCACCAUGGCUACCGCGGAGGUGCUGAGAGCGCUGGCGCAGCUAGUACUACUUCGUACUUGCACAGCAGGAGCAAUGUUGCUGUUGAGCAUAUUGAACCUUCGUCCUCCUCCGACGUCUACGGUGGCACGGCGUGGAAGAUGAAUCAGGACCGCACUAGCAGUGCCUCAGCCGCAAGAACCACAGAGCGCUCGGUUGCACCGGAAACUGGUGCAGUGACUCACGAUCAUCGCUAUGGAGCUAUGACAGAGCCGUCCCGAAACCUGCUCGACGCCCCGGUCGUGAGUGAUGUGUACGGCGGUCAACAUGGAGUACUGCCGAACGCGCGGCGAACUCCUCCAGAUCAUGCCACUGUUCCCCCGGCGUACUACCAGCACGACUUUCUGAACACGGGGCGGUUCGGUGCCGGGGACGAGCCAGCUCGGGUGCAGUCCCGCAGUCCAGGCGACGUCGCAACGCGGAAUGAGGACGAAGACUGCACCAUCGGUGAACAAUUAUCCGCAGGCAGUGCAUUCUCGGGCCGGAAGCAAAGGGAGGAAGAAGCGGGACGAAUCAACUGUAUAGUAUCAUCUUCCGCAAGAACGGCCGGGGGGAUUCCCGCUGCUGCUGCUCCCAUGAUGCUACAAGAACUUCCCGCCUCCUCCUACAACCCGUCGAAAUACGCAACUCCGACGAGAACACCCACGAAAACAAAUUUCUCAAGAAAUAAUGCAGGGCCAGGAACUCCUGCCGGUGUUGAUGAAUGCCAGAUGUCACCGUCCGUGACCGACAGUGGCAGCAACCCGCGGACGCCGACGAAGCGGCACGAAUUCAUCCUCGAUAGUUUGGAAACGCAGAGCAACAGUCUGUGCAAACAAAUCCGGGACUGCACGCAGAAGCUGUUGCUCCGCAGGCAGCGACACCACGAGACCAUGGAGGCACUUGGGAAACGAGAACAGGGUGGCCGGGAGUGAUGACGGCUGUAGACGACGUGGGAUGUGUUUUUUUCGAUGAAAAUAGAAAGUGUGUCGUGAGCAGCAGCUUUUGGUUAAAUUGGAAUUGUCAUGUGUACUUGAAAAUUUGUAGUAGCGAACAGUCUUGCAACACUCUUGUGAAAAUGUUGUGAUCCGAAAAUUUGGUCGUUGAAAAAGUUCACUCGUGUGGCUUUGGCAUGAGAUAAUUCUUGCGACACCAUAUCAAUGUAGUGGAGUUAGUGCUACAGUAGUGGAAGAUAUUUUAGUGAUAGUCGAGACAAAACUGUUUUUUUUGUACUGCUGGAGCGAGUACUUGAAUUGAAUUCUCGCGAACUGUUUUUGGCCGCUGGCCGCUGAUUUUGAAAUCUUUUGAACAGGGAGCACGGAUAGCUCGGGUUUUGCUUUUUCGGCUCGUUGACUUGAAGUUGUACUGGAAAUGAACAAUGUCUACUGUGGUAUGAUGCUUGUUGAUUCCAAACAAGCUGCAUUUUUUACUUCUGCUUCGAUAGCUGUGGGGAAGCUGCGCUUGUCUAAGCUUGAAAUUAACGAAUUCAGUAUAGCGUUUAUUCAGAUGCAAAAAGCUGCCGCGCGUAGCUAGCAGCACG